GCUGCAGUGGAGAAAGCCAAGUUCAGGGUUGCAAAUUUGCUGACUCUCUCGAAUUAGGAUUCCAGAUGGGGGCCUUGUUUCUGUAGCCCCACCAUCCCUCUAGACACUGCCUCCACCACCAGCACCACCACGAUCACCGUUGCAAACCCCACCACUGCUCGCCAGGACUCCCUGAGUUGAAAGUGAGCAGAAGGGAACUCUUGGAAAAGUUUCUGGCUGUGGCCCGCCAUCACUCCUCCCCUUAUCACCAUGGCCUGGCUUUUCCUAAAGGUUUUGUUGGUGGGGGUGAGUUUCCUGGGAUGUCUUUAUCCUCUUGUGGAUUUUUGCUUCAGUGGGGACACAAAACGCCAGAGACCGAAUUUCAUCAUCAUUUUGGCAGAUGACGUGGGGUGGGGUGACCUGGGAGCUAACUGGGCAGAAACGAAGGACACUGACAACCUUGAUAAGAUGGCCGCAGAAGGAAUGAGGUUUGUGGAUUUCCACGCAGCUGCCUCCACCUGCUCGCCCUCCCGGGCUUCACUGCUCACCGGCCGGCUCGGCCUUCGCAAUGGAGUCACUCACAACUUUGCAGUCACCUCUGUGGGGGGCCUCCCGCUCAACGAGACCACCUUGGCUGAGGUGCUGCAGCAAGCUGGCUACGUCACCGGGAUGAUUGGCAAGUGGCAUCUUGGGCACCAUGGCUCUUAUCACCCCAACUUCCGUGGCUUUGAUUACUACUUUGGAAUCCCGUACAGCCAUGAUAUGGGCUGCACUGACACCCCCGGCUACAACCACCCUCCCUGUCCAGCGUGUCCACGGGGCAACAGGCCAUCAAGGAACCUUGAGCGGGACUGUUACUCUGACGUGGCCCUUCCUCUGUAUGAAAACCUCAACAUCGUGGAGCAGCCCGUGAACUUGAGCAGCCUGGCACAGAAGUAUGCCGAGAAAGCUACCCAGUUCAUCCAGCACGCAAGCACCAGCGGAAGACCCUUCCUGCUCUACGUGGGCCUGGCCCACAUGCACGUGCCCUUAGCCAGGACCCAGCUCUCAGCAGAACCAUGGGGUCGAAGGCCAUACGCUGCAGGUCUCCGUGAGAUGGACAGCCUCGUGGGCCAGAUCAAGGACAAAGUUGACCGCACAGCGAAAAACAACACAUUCCUCUGGUUUACAGGGGGAAGUCCGGCCAAGCAGACCACCUGGGAGGGAGGGCACCGGGUCCCGGCUCUGGCUUACUGGCCCGGCAGAGUCUCCAGCAAUGUCACCAGCACCGCUCUGUUAAGUGUGCUGGACAUCUUCCCUACCGUGGUGGCCCUGGCCGGGGCCCAACUGCCGCGGGGCCGACACUUUGAUGGUUUGGAUGCCUCUGAGGUGCUCUUUGGCAGGGUGCAGAGUGGGCACAGGGUGCUGUUUCACCCCAACAGCGGGGCCGCCGGAGAGGAUGGAGCCCUUCAGACUGUCCGCCUGGAGCGCUACAAGGCCUUCUACAUCACCGGUGGAGCCAAAGCCUGCGAUGGGAGCGUCGGGCCCGAGCUGCACCAUGAGCCCCCCCUUAUCUUUAACCUGGAAGACGAUGUAGCAGAAGCCCUGCCUCUAGAAAGGGGGAGCGCCGAGUACCGGAGGGCACUGCCCAAGGUCAGAGAGGCUCUGGCGGGUGUCCUUCGAGACAUUGCCGAUGACAACACCUCCAGAGCGGAUUACACUCAGGAUCCCUCGGUAACUCCCUGCUGUAACCCCCGGCGAGCUGCCUGCCGCUGCCAGACCGUGUGACACGAACGUUGGGGGACCAGAAACGGGGCACGUUCACAUCCCAGCUGCAGUCAGACCCUCCUCACAGCAGCUCUGUGUGCUUUCAGAGUCAGUCUUGGAAUUUUGCUCUGAAGCCACCGCUCUGCGGCCCCCUGCUGCCCCUCCCGCGUGCCGGCUCAAGAGGGCAAACUCCGCGCCGAGCUGGAAGAGAAAGCACCGGGGCUGUGGAGGGAGCCAGACCGGGUUCUGGUCCCAGCUUUUGAACGUGGGUGAUUAUUUAACCUAACUUGCAAGCUGAUUUUGAGGAUUAAACGGGCAAUAUAUGAAAAAUGCUGGGCGUAUUAGACGACACAGAGCAGGCGCUCGAUACACUGCCAGUUUUUCAACGCACCCAGUUUCGCUGGUCAUGUUAACAGGUUCAUCCCAGCUGGUGUCUAGGGCGGUGCCUCUCCGUCUCUGUGUGCAUACAGAUCACCUGGGGGCUUGUGAAAGUGGGCCUGGGGGGGUGCUGAGACCCUCCCCAUCUAGGAAGCUCCCCCCGGAAUGCCAUGAGCAGCGUGGACACAGACCUGACAAACUUAGAUCCGUUUCCAGGUCUCAGAGCAGAAGUGCCCACAUUACUCCAAGUCCCUACCCGCCCCCCCCGCCCCCUUUUACAGGUCAACUGGCUGUAUUUUAAAGAUUUUAGGAGUUCUUCCUGCUUCCUAACGCCACC